UCCGUAGAGCUCAACCGGAGGGGAGCCACCGUGGCUCGACUGUCUCGCCGGUGCAGCUACUGCGACAUUACCGUUGGAGGCCGACGAAUUUGGAAUAACGGCGCUGUUGACCAGCUUCGAUUUAUUUUUUGGUUGUUAUAUAUUUUUUGACAGAACGGUCACACCAACGCUUGGGCAUGGCAAGUCCAGUGGCACACACCGGACAGUCGCAUCAUCAUCAGCCGGUGACCGCGUCCGCUUUCCGGGAGGCGCAGAAAUGGAUCGAGGCGGUGACAGGCAGAUGCUUCGGUGACAAGAAUUUCAGGGGAGGAUUGGAGAAUGGAAUAUUGCUAUGCGAGUUACUGAGCUCCAUUAAACCCGGCUUGGUGAAAAAAAUCAACAGACUCCCGACACCCAUUGCUGGCCUGGACAACUUGAGUGUGUUUCUGCGUGGAUGUGAGGAGUUGGGACUGAAGGGAACCCAACUUUUUGACCCCGGAGACCUGCAGGACACGUCUACACGUCCCGCUGCCAAGCGGAGCGACUGCGGCCGAAAGAUCAAAAAUGUUCUAAUCACUAUCUACUGGCUGGGUCGGGCUGCCAACAGCUGUACCUUCUACAACGGGCCCACGUUGGACCUGAAGGAGUUCGAGGGCCUGCUAUCACAGAUUCGAAAGGAGGCGGAGGAGGCAGAGAGCCCCCAACGCAGCAUUCGGGACAGCGGCUACAUCGAUUGCUGGGACUCGGAGCGCAGCGACUCGCUUUCCCCGCCACGACAUUGUCGCGAGGACUCCUUCGACAGCCUGGACUCGUUCGGCUCACGCUCGCAACAGACCCCGUCGCCGGAUGUCCUGGUGGCCCGCGGCAGCAGCGAUGGCCGGGGCAGUGACUCCGAGUCAGACGGCCCACCGCACCGCAAGACCCCGGACAUCCACAAGGACGACAUGUUAGCCCGCCGCACCUCGGUGAGCGAGCCGCGCACCGCCAUGCCCUUCAACCAGUACCUGCCCAACAAAUGCAACCAGGGCAACUAUGUGCCGACGCCGCUGCGCAAGAAGAAGAACGGCGGCGACAAGGAUGACGGCGAGCGCAAGAGCUGGAGUACGGCCACCUCACCUGUAGGGGGAGACAGACCUUUGAGCGUGUCACAUGACCCACAGAGUAUGAGUAUGAUUGACAUGCGCGGCGAGGUGAACAACACCACCAUCUUGCCGCCGCACAGUCACGUGCGUCAUGAGCUGAUGCGCAAUCAGUACAACCAAAUGAAGGAAGAUGAUAGUCACUGGCAAGAUGAUCUGGCCCGGUGGAAAAAUCGUCGACGCAGCAUUUCUCAGGACUUGAUCAAGAAGGAGGAAGAGAGGAAGUUGAUGGAGCAGCUGAUGAUCGGAGGAGAGUGCAUCUCGCAGAGGAGGAGGAGCAUCAAGACCUACAAGGAGAUUGUGGAGGACAAGGAGCGUCGUGAGGAGGAGCUGCGGGCAGCUUACCGGAGAGCCAAAACCCCCGAGGAGGCGGCCUACAUCCUCCAGCGUUACGCCCAGCGCUUCUCCAUCAGCGAGACGGUUAUGGAGCGCCUGCAGCUGCCCAAGGUCCUGGACCGCAGCGUCUCGGCAGACCCGUCCUUUUGCGGCUUCCCCAUCUCCCUCACACCUUCGCCGACCACCUCUGAACCGUGGGACGCCGACCCAGACGGCCUCCUGAAGUAUCUGCGGCAACCGUUUGCGCCGGCCCCCAGGUUCACGUCCACGAUGGAGGCGCAAAUCGACGAGUGGCCCAGAGAUUCGCCGCCCCAAGGGCCAAAGAUCCGCUCGCGCUCGUCCGAGCCGCCGUUCAGCCCGCCGCUGUCGCCCAAGCCCCUGCCUUUGCUGACGCCCGAGCCUUACUUUCAGCCCUGGCCUGCUACACCGGAACCCUGUCCCAGUAAGGCCGAUGGACUCCUGCGGGUCAACGGCAAUGAGGAUUGUCAAGGAUCAGAGUCCUCUCCCGUUUUCCUACUGUACUCUUUGCCCCAAACCACCGCCCACCACCCAUGUGCCUCGGCGACAAAAGGAAUUCUGGCGUCCACCAACGUAGAGGCAGCUUUAGGUGACAUCCAGGACAAAGAAGUCGCUCUGUGUUCAACGCCACCCAGCAGGCCUACUUCGCUACCAGUGGAGUUGCAGAAACCAGAGGAGAGCUUUGAGAGAAAGAGUGGAAGGCAGUCAGCAGUCGCUCUAGCGGAGAAAAAGUCUCAAUCAGCAUCACACCUCCAAACAUCUGCAGAAGCCAAACAAGAAACUGUACCGUCGUGUGAGUCAGGGCUUGGCACAAACUCUGUAACCUCAGUGACGAGCAUAGACAGUCACGUGGGGACAAACCAGAAGAAAGAGGAGGUUCCCAGUUUUGGACAUCAACUGCCAACUACAACCACAGAAGGUGUUGAAAACAGUACUCGCUCUCCACUGACAAGCAGCAACCCAAAUUUACGCUGCGAGUUCUUUGCAGAUAAGGGAGAGAAGGAUCACUACGGCAACGUUUCAGUGCCGGUGUCGCCUCAGACCAGGCAGGCCGAUCGCUGGUCCUGGGACCCGGCCGAGGAGCGAAAGCGGCAGGAAAGGUGGCAGCAAGAGCAGGCGCGCCUGCUGCAGGAGAAAUACCAGCGAGAGCAGAAGAAGCUCAAGGAGGACUGGGAGAAGGCCCAGAGGGAGGUUGCGCAGGAGGAGAGGCGCUACCAUGAGGAGGAACGUCUCAUCCUGGAAGAGACAGUCACAGGCCUGAUUCCGCAAUCGUCCGCCACGUCGGUAUCCGAGUGCCAGGACACCAUCGUGCGCUCACUUGCUGACUGGGAACGCAAACAGGAGCAACUGGAGAGACAUUCGCUGGAGAGUGGAGAGGUUGAGUGUAGACCGCGAGAGAACGACAAAACGAGCGACAUCAGCACCGCCGACGACAGCGUCAGAACAGCCAAGAGCUCGGUGAGUCAGACUAGCUGCGUGAAAAAUGGCCAAAAACUUCACCAAAUGGCUGCCAAGACCUCCGCCCCGGUCAAGAAACGGCAAGACGUUGACGCCAGCAAGCCCGUCCGGCCUGCAGGAGAACGCAGGAAUGCACCCGCCACAGUAAAUGCUGGGCGCAGCCCACCCAAGCCCCCUCCGCCUUCUGUUGACGCACCACCCAACAGGUCUGUCAGUGGCAAGAAGCUGUGCUCCAGCUGCGGGCAGCCGCUAGGCAAAGGGGCCGCCAUGAUCAUCGAGACCCUCAGCCUCUACUUCCACAUCGACUGCUUUAAGUGCGGGGUCUGCAAGGGCCAAUUAGGAGACAUGUCCACAGGAACCGACGUGCGGAUCCGCAGCGGCCUGCUCAACUGCCACCAGUGCUACAUUCGCUCCCGCUCGGCCGGACAGCCGACCACCUUGUGACGUCUCCAGUCGAGUUGAACCUGAUCACCUGCCAAGCCCUGCCCUCCCGUGCAACCCCCAUUCAUCACGUGGGUCAAUCCAAGAUUUUUCAUCCAUAUAUUAUUCUUUGACUACAGAGUAUCAACAGUCAGGACAGUCAUUCACUCAUAUUGUCAUUUUUACGACGCACAAUCUAUUUGAAUCACCAUUCAUCAAGUGUGGUUCAUUCAUACAUACUUUAAUUGGAUUUAAUCUGGUUUAGGUGUUUCCUUUUUUUUUUUUUCUUUUUCACCAAGCAGCAUCCAUUUUAUGUCACUCCCAAAAGCAGACAAAAUGAAAUUAACCUUCACGACGCACAAUACUGGAUCUCUAUUGGUGCAUUCGUUAUUUUGGAUCAGCACUGAAUUGUACACUUUAUGUUGAAAAUGUGUUAUAAUAAUCCACAAGGCUUCCACUGACACACUUUUUGAAUGUAAUUCACGAGGGCAGUAACUGAAUCCGCUACUUUAAUGUGCCUUAGGAACAAAAGAACGACGCAAAAAAAGAAACAAAAAAAAAGCAUAAUAUUUUCAUUUGAAGGCGAUCGAUCAGUGGCCAAAUUGUCCUCGCACUCCUUCAUUGCAAGUCGUCCACUUUGCCGCGUCGUUGAUUUUGCAGUGAUAGAAUGCUCUUGUCCGUGAGGAAUAUAUACACAGGAUGAGACAAUUGACCUUUCGCUUAAACCGCGUCCCGGGAAUGUAGCGUGACCAAUCACAGCGCAGCAAAUAAGAACAAUGCUUUCCUGAAGUUUUUGUUAAUGCAUAGUGACACAUAAGUUGAAUGGAAAUGUUUUCUUUUUAGGCUCUGGAAAAAGCUAUGCAGUCGUCCACAGUCGGUUGCGUCUUUCAAAAAAAAAAAUCAAGUCGAAACUUGCCCAGAGUAAUAAAACCAUGAAUGAAGAUAUUCAAUUGAUAAAAGAAGCAGACAGAAUCCGAACUAGCCCAGAAAAAAGAUGUAAAAUAUACAUUACGCUAUGCAGUCAACCACCAUCACAGACUUUAUGUUGUGUGAAACUUUUUGAUCUUAGCAACAAUAACUAAGGGGCUCUGAGCGAAAGGUCUAUUGAACCUUUGCCAACUUUCUUUAUUUUUGUUUUUAAAUAUAUAUAUUUUUAGCUUGGUUUGCAUUUUGAGAGUCGGGCAGUGUGCUGCCGAUGUUUAACAAAAAAGACUGCACGUUUAAGCCUACAACCAAAAGAUACUGUAAAAAAUGUACAAAUCAAAGCAAUAGCCACUGCGCUUAAUUCCUGGAGUCGUUGAGCAUUUUCCAUUUUCUCUUUUUAGCGCGGAGGCUUUCUCGUGUAUUUAUUGUAGUAGUCACCUGAACACCAUAUUUCGAUGUAUCCUUUCAUUAACUGUGUCAAUGCAAUGACUGUAUCUUUAUAAAUAAAACCAUCCAAAGUCA